AUGACAGACACGGGACGGGAACCAGAUGGUUGUGGCCGGGCAAGCUGUGUCCCGCCCUGCCAGAAUGGAGGAAUGUGUCUCCGGCCUCAACUGUGUGUGUGUAAACCAGGGACCAAAGGCAAAGCCUGCGAGAUGACAGCAGCCCAGGACACCUCGUCACCAGUCCCUGGAGGGCAGAGUCCUGGGGCUCCCUCCUCCUGGGUCCCUCCCGAGCAAGCAGCAAAGCACACUUCAUCCAAGAAGGCGGGCACUCUCCCCAGAGUCAGUCCUGUGGCCCAGAUGACCUUGACCCUGAAACCAAAGCCUGCAGUGGGACUCUCCCCGCAGAUACAUUCUCAAGUGACGCCCCUUUCCUCGCAGAAUGUGGUGAUUCAUCACGGCCAGACCCAGGAGUAUGUGCUCAAGCCUAAGAACUUCCCAGCCAAGAAGGUGAUAUCGGGAGAGCAGUCCACUGAAGGUUCGUUCCCUUUAAGAUACGGGCAGAUCAAGUUGCGGCCCCCUUUUCUGUUGAGUAACCACACUGGCCGCAUCAAGGUGGUCUUUACGCCGAGCAUCUGUAAAGUGACCUGCACCAAGGGUAACUGUCAGAACAGCUGUGAGAAGGGGAACACCACCACUCUCAUUAGUGAGAAUGGCCAUGCUGCCGACACCCUGACCGCCACGAACUUCCGAGUGGUAAUCUGCCAUCUUCCAUGCAUGAAUGGUGGCCAGUGCAGUUCCAGGGACAAAUGUCAGUGCCCCCCGAAUUUCACAGGGAAACUUUGCCAGAUCCCGGUCCAUGGUGCCAGCGUGCCUAAACUUUAUCAGCACUCCCCGCAGCCGGGCACGGCGCUGGGGACACACGUCAUCCAUUCCACACAUACCUUGCCUCUGACCAUGACAAGCCAGCAGGGAGUCAAAGUGAAAUUUCCCCCCAACAUAGUCAAUAUCCAUGUGAAGCAUCCCCCUGAAGCUUCAGUCCAGAUACAUCAGGUUUCCAGAAUCGAUGGCCCAACGGGUCAGAAGGCAAAAGAAACUCAACCAGGCCAAUCCCAAAUCUCUUACCAAGGACUGCCUGUCCAGAAGACCCAGACCGUACAUUCCACGUUCUCCCACCAGCAAGUCAUUCCUCACGUAUACCCUGUGGCUGCCAAGACGCAGCUUGGCCGGUGCUUCCAGGAAACCAUUGGGUCACAGUGUGGCAAAGCCCUCCCCGGCCUUUCAAAGCAAGAGGACUGCUGUGGAACCGUGGGUACCUCCUGGGGCUUCCACAAAUGCCAGAAAUGCCCCAAGAAGCCCGCUUAUCAUGGUUAUAGCCAAAUGAUGGAGUGCUUGCAAGGCUAUAAGAGAGUUAACAACACCUUUUGCCAAGAUAUUAAUGAAUGCCAGCUCCAAGGCGUGUGCCCUAAUGGUGAGUGUUUGAAUACCAUGGGCAGCUAUAGAUGUACCUGCAAGAUAGGAUUUGGGCCGGAUCCCACCUUUUCAAGUUGUGUUCCGGAUCCCCCUGUGGUCUCGGAAGAGAAAGGGCCCUGUUACCGACUUGUCAGUUCCGGGAGACAGUGUAUGCACCCUCUGUCUGUCCACCUCACCAAGCAGCUCUGCUGUUGUAGUGUGGGCAAGGCCUGGGGCCCACACUGUGAGAAAUGUCCCCUUCCAGGCACAGCUGCUUUUAAGGAAAUCUGUCCUGGUGGAAUGGGUUAUACGGUUUCUGGCGUUCAUAGACGCAGGCCAAUCCAUCACCAUGUAGGUAAAGGACCUGUAUUUGUCAAGCCAAAGAACACUCAACCUGUUGCUAAAAGUACUCAUCCUCCACCUCUCCCAGCCAAGGAAGAGCCAGUGGAGGCCCUGACCUUCUCCCGGGAACACGGGCCAGGAGUGGCGGAGCCAGAAGUGGCAACUAUACCCCCUGAAAAGGAAAUACCUUCAUUGGAUCAAGAGAAAACCAAACUUGAGCCGGGCCAACCCCAGCUCUCUCCAGGCAUUUCAACCAUUCAUCUGCAUCCACAGUUCCCAGUAGUGAUUGAAAAAACAUCACCUCCUGUGCCUGUUGAAAUCGCCCCCGAGGCGUCCACGUCCAGUGCCAGCCAAGUGAUCGCUCCUACUCAAGUAACAGAAAUCAAUGAAUGCACGGUGAACCCUGACAUCUGUGGAGCAGGACAUUGCAUCAACCUUCCGGUGAGGUACACUUGUAUAUGCUAUGACGGGUACAAGUUCAGCGAGCAACAGCGGAAGUGUGUUGAUAUUGACGAAUGUGUGCAAGUCCACCACCUCUGCUCCCAGGGACGCUGUGAAAACACUGAGGGAAGCUUUUUGUGUAUUUGCCCAGCAGGGUUUAUGGCCAGCGAGGACGGUACUGACUGCAUAGAUGUUGACGAGUGCCUGAGGCCAGAUGUGUGCGGGGAAGGGCACUGCGUCAACACCAUGGGCGCCUUCCGGUGUGAAUACUGCGACAGUGGGUACCGCAUGACCCGGAGGGGCCGUUGCGAGGAUAUCGAUGAAUGCUCGACCCCAAGUACCUGCCCAAAUGAGCAGUGUGUAAAUUCCCCCGGGUCUUACCAGUGUGUUCCCUGCACAGAAGGAUUCCGAGGAUGGAACGGACAGUGCCUUGACGUGGAUGAGUGUCUAGAACCGAAUGUCUGCACAAACGGGACUUGUUCCAACCUGGAAGGCUCGUAUCGUUGCUCUUGUCACGGGGGCUACAGCCCGACCCCGGACCACAAGCAUUGCAAAGAUAUUGACGAAUGUCAGCAAGGCCUCUGUAUGAACGGGCAGUGCAAAAACACCGAGGGCUCCUUCCGGUGUACCUGCGGGCCGGGGUACCAGCUGUCAGCAGCCAAAGACCAGUGUGAAGAUAUUGACGAGUGCCUCCACCGCCAUCUCUGCAGUCACGGGCAGUGCAGGAACACAGAGGGCUCUUUCCAGUGUGUGUGUGACCAGGGUUACAGAGCAUCAGCGCUUGGAGACCACUGUGAAGAUAUCAACGAGUGCUUGGAGGACCGGAAUGUCUGCCAAAGAGGAGACUGCAUUAACACUGAAGGAUCAUAUGACUGCACAUGUCCGGAUGGAUUCCAGCUAAAUGACAAUAGGGGAUGUCAAG